AUGCCAAUCGACCCAGACUCCCCGUUUGAAGUCCGGGAGAUCACCACGAAAGAAGAGUACGCAAGACUCGUCGACGUGUUGUGGACGGCCAAUUUUCAUCCGUACAUACCCGUCUUCACCGCCGUCCACCCCGUCACCGGACACACCCCCGAAGACCGCGCCAGAGACAAGGCUCUCGACACGGACGUCAGAUGGGAGGCUCAUUUGAAGAACCCUGCCUCACACUGGAUCUAUGCCAUCGACACGGAAACCGGAGCUGUCGCGGGGGGCUGCGAGUGGCUGAUUUUCCACGAGAACCCUUUCCCGGAUGGUCCCAAACCCAUCAAGUGCAACUGGUAUCCAGAGGGCUCCGAGAGGGCUGAAUAUGCCAGUCGCAUGCUCAGUCAGGCGUUUUUCCCCCGGCAGUGCUGGUUCCAGCGACCGCAUGCAGGCGUCAACGCCAUGGGCGUACACCCCGACUACCGACGCCGCGGAGUCGGUCGACUGCUCAUGCAAUGGGGCCACGAGCGCAUCGACCCCCUCGGCUACGAGAGCUUUAUCGAAGGCAGCCCGCUCGGACGCUGGCUGUACGAAAGCUGCGGGUAUCGCCGCGUCAUGGGCCUGCAUAUCGACAUGGACAAGCCCAACCCCAGUGACGAAUGGAUUAGGCUGAUGCACGAAUGCAAACCGCCGGGGAUUCUCCUGCUGUGGAGGCCUCCUCGGGGGCAGUGGACGGAGAAGACGCCUCCUGGGCCGUGGGCAGUUACCAGUGAGACAUGGAAGUAG